CACAAUGGCAAAUGCAAGCUCAAUCAGCUGCUGCUAAUGCUGUAAUGUUCGAUCGGUCCAGUGGUGUUAGUUGUGAUGAAUGUUUAGAAAGAUGUAGCAAACACUUUCAAAACCAUUCAUCUGAGUGGAUUUGCCGUUCUUUAACUUAUGAUCAUCGAUGGAAAAUUUGUGAUUUAUUCGCAGUAAAUGGUGGCGAUUCUCCUUAUAAUUUAUUAGAUUUUGAAGGACGCGAUUAUUUUCAAUAUAUGCCAGCACUUCCUCCAACAGACAGUGAAAUGUUGGGGCUUAAACAGAACGAAAUUUUGGAACAUUUUAAUACGAACAACGAAAAACAAUGUAGCUGUCCAUGCAAAGCUUUAAGUGAAUUAACUGCACAAAGAAAUAUUCCUUUAAAUCUAACCGGGUCAGAAAACGGAGAAAAAGUGAUUGGUGACUCAACUUUGGAAGUUAAACCAAUCCCUGUUAAUAAUGCUUCUGCUUUAGAGAAUGCUGCUGAUCAAUUGUUUGGCACAAAGAAUAUUGAAAUAGAAAAAUCAUUAGAAAACCAAUCUACUAACUCAACAACAUUAUCUUCCCCAUUACCAAUAAAUUCAGAACAAAAUUUAAAUGAAUCUUCAAUUAAUUCUUUGGAAAAUAAUUUAAUAAUUAAUUCUACCUUAAUUCCCCCCUCAACUUCUUCAAUUGAAUCAAUUCCUACAGAAAUAACUUCAACAAUUUCUCCUCCUUCUCAAAAUUCUUCUGUAGAAGAACAAUCACCUCCAAUAGAGAUUGGAAAGUCUUUUGGGUCAAAAACAUAUGAGUUCGCAAUAAAAGUCCGUAAAAAGCCAGUGAAGAAUAUCCGCAAAAGAAGUCCGCAAAAGUUUGUCCGGCAAGACGGUUGUCCCCCCCCCUCCCUGCCUUAUCCACACAAGUGCCUAAUUUCAAUAUACCUACCAAUAUCCAAUAUUUAUAUUUUUAAAAAGCCUCAAAAAGACGUUCAACUAAACAAAAAUGUGGACAAACCUCAACUAAUUCAAAGACCCAUAAUAAAACAACAAAAAAUAGCAACAAAUAAUGUCUGCCCAAAAAUAGGACAAAUAGCCUAUUAUGCUGAAAUUGAAGGAAAAAUACAAAGAAAAAACAAUGGGAAAAUAGAAAAAAUAAAUGAUAUAAAGAAUUCGAGAGAUUGUUUGGAUAUUUGUGAUGGGCAAACAAAAACAAAUUGUAAUUCUGCCCAAUGGACAACAACAGAAGGCUGUGAAUUAUAUAGCAAUUUUUCUACACAAAUUAUAUCUCCACAAAGUCUGUUGACCUUUUUACCGUCUACUGCAACAGAAAAUGCCAAAUAUUAUGAAAAAGUUUGUGUCAAUAAAAAUAUACUGAAAGAUGAAAGUAGACGAACAUUUGUGGCUAUACCCGGAUAUAUUCUUGUUGGACAUGUUCAAGAAGUCUCUAAUGCUGGUUCAUUAUCAGAAUGUUUAAAAGCCUGUUUGUCUGCUUCUGCUGAUUAUGGGUUUACUUGUAAAUCCUUGAUGUUUUACCCUUCAGAUCAAGAACAGAAUUGCCUAAUGAACUCAGAAAGUAGACAUACUCAAUCAGACGUUUUUGUUCCAGAAGAGCAAAAUGUUGAAUUUAUGAUUUAUCUAGAUUUAGACACUCCCCAACAAAAAUUGCUUCCUUCAACAAUAAAUGAACAACGACGUUUUUACGACUCACCAAUUAACGAAAAAUUAGAAAAUAAAACUUCUAAAGAAGAAGAAACUUGGACUCAUUGGUCUAAAUGCCUAAAUUCUGAAACAGCUGCAGAAAUGCGGCAUCGUUAUUUAAAGUGUAGAGAGUCGAAAGACAUUAGGAAAUGCCCGAAAGAGACGAUUCCUUGCGGCAAAAAAAAACCAACAAUAAAAAUUCAAAAAAUUUGGCAUUCUGAUAACAAUACAAAUCAACAAAAAUUAAAAUUGAACGAGAAAACCAAUGCUUUUAGCAAUAUUUUGAGUGAAUGCAGAGCUGUUAGGGAUGCUUUGGGAAGAAAAAAGUGCCCUUAUGGAAUGAGGUUUUGAAGAGAAUUUUUGCUUAAGAGGGUAUUUUAAAUAGGGAUAUCGCAUGGUCACCUUCCCCACACC